CAUUCAAAUUCAACCAACGGAGGACGUCAAAGACAGGGAAAUUCAAUCUGUAAUUAGAAAUUCAAAGGAAGCAGCAAGGAAGAUAGCCCAACAUGACCUGGUAAACAGAGCAAACACGCGCCCCCACCCAUCUUACCAUCGCCUAUUUUCUACGGACUCCGUUCCCACAUAAACCUAACAUUUAAAUCCAUCCUUUAAAUAUGCUUCCUCCUUCCUCUCCCUUUCCUCUGCAACUGCUGCUUUUUUAUUUUCUCCUUUCUCGGUAUUAUCAUCUAUUCCCCGUCCGUAUCCCCACCUACAUAUCCUUCACUUGCUUCUUUCAGUCUUUCUCUAUCUGGAUUUGAGAUUGAUUAUACCCAGCUCUGAAAACGGAGAGAGAUUCUUCUUUUCUUCAGUUUCCUCUCAUCCAGUUUCUGAAAAUUUUCGUAGAUUCUGGAAACAGAGAAAUAUUCUUCUGCGGCAAAAGAUAAUUUAUUGACUCUGUUCUGUUUCAAGCCUUGAAACCAUAUAGAUGGAUCCUUCUUUUCUUCACUUUCCUCUCCAGCAAUUCAAUUUUCCUCCCUUUCUGUUCUUCCUCUUGCUCUCUGACUAAUGACCUUUUCUCAUUCUGUGUUUUAAGCGCCAAAAACAAAAAGGCUUGAAGCAAGACAAACAGAUUCCAUGAUUUUCAUCCUUGCUCUCCUGUUCUUCUUCCACACUCUCAAUGCCGCUGCAGUUCAUAACAAAAGUGAGGGAUCCAACGGCUCCACACUUCCUGGAAUUGAAUUCCCAGACCAGCCAAAUUUCAUUUCUGCCACUUCUUUGGCAGAAGAUGGGUGUCAAACCAGGACGACAACAAGCCGCUUGCCUGAAUCAUCAGAAGCGAGAGAACCUGAUGAACGUAAGCUGGGUGGACCACCCAAACCAGCGCUGAAGCUUCACCUGAAGAAUGGGCGUAUGGAUCUAAGAACCAGAGAAAAUAAAAAGGAGUCUCAGAUGGCUUACAUCCACAGAGACCAGACGAGAAUCCAGACCCUCCACAGAAGGAUCGCAGAGAAGAAGAACCAAAACACCGUAUCAAGGACAACCAAUCGGAGGCAACGGUCAACUGCAUCAACUGCCCGGCGACUGAAAUCUGGAGUUGAUGACAAGGAAGGUGGGCCCACCAGCCAAAUGGUGGCAACGCUGAGAUCCGGUGUCAGCCUUGGAUCAGUUGAGUACCUGAUGGAUGUUUUCUUGGGAACACCGCCCAAACAUUUCUCUAUGAUCGUUGAUACAGGUAGCGAUCUCAAUUGGAUCCAGUGCCUUCCCUGCCAUGAUUGCUUCCCACAACAUGACCCUCUGUACAAUCCUGAAGAUUCAUCGUCCUUCCACAAUGUCAGCUGCCACGAUCCUCGUUGCAAGAUGGUAUCUUCACCAGACCACUCUCGGCCAUGCAAGUUAGAAAACCAGACCUGCGAAUACUUCUACUGGUACGGUGAUAGCUCCAACACCACUGGAGACUUUGCGUUGGAGACCUUCACAGUCAACCUCACAACACCCGCAGGGGAAUCAGAGCUCCAGCAGGUGGAGAACAUCAUGUUUGGCUGUGGACACUGGAACCGUGGUCACUUCAACGGCGCUUCUGGCCUUCUUGGACUUGGGCGUGGCCCACUCUCCUUUUCCUCUCAGCUCCAGUCGCUGUAUGGACAUGUUUUCUCUUACUGUCUGGUGGACUGGAAUAGCGAUGCCAACGUUAGCAGCAAGUUGAUAUUCGGCGAAGACAAGAGUCUCAUGAGCCAUCCGAAUUUGAAUUUUACUUCCUUUGUGGAAGGAAAGGAGAACCCUUUCAAUACUUAUUACUAUCUUCAGAUACAAGCGAUUGUGGUUGGAGGAGAGAUCUUGGACAUUCCAGCUAAGACAUGGAAUUUCUCACCAGAGGGAACUGGAGGGAUGAUUAUUGAUUCUGGCACGACACUUGGUUAUUUUGCCAAUCCAGCAUACCGGAUAAUUAGGGAGGCGUUUAGAAAGAAGGUGAGCUAUCCGCUCUUAGAAGGUAUUCCGAUGUUGGAUACUUGUUUUAAUGUGUCAGGGGUGAAGAAGGUGGACAUGCCAGAAUUCACGAUUCUGUUUGGAGAUGGUGCAGUGUGGAACUUCCCAAUGGAGAAUUGUUUUAUACCGAUGGAUCCUGAUGUAGUCUGUUUGGCAAUCUCGGAGACUCCACAUUCACUUUUCUCAAUACUGGGGAACUACCAGCAGCAGAAUUUCCACAUUUUGUACGACACAAAGAAGUCUAGAUUGGGAUUUGCACCGAUGAGGUGUGCUGAUGUGUAGCAUCGUCUGCAGGGAUAGGGCAAGGAUGGCAUCGUGCUGGAGAUGUGGGCUACCAUGUAGGAUUCAGAUAACACGUCAUAGACUCAACAUUUCUUGAGUGGGUCUCCAAGUGGUAAGACACUGAUAUAUUAUAACAUGGCGUCAAUGUAGGAUGUUAAAGCAUACGAUGGAUUAUGGGGGGAGAGUUGUAAAGCAGCUUAGUUUUUGGGACCAUGUUUUAAGGGUUUUUUUUUUUUUUUUUUUUAAAAUUCAGUUCAUUACCUCUAACGGAAAUAGGCAAGAGACAUUAAUAUAAACAUUUUUGUUUCUUGCCUAAGUUUUGUGGGUUUGGAUUUGUAAAUAAGGAUUAUACUUUGUUGCACGAAAAGUAAAAGUAGGACUGUGUUCAGUUGUAUGGAAAAUGAUUUCCUUGAUUGGAGAACUUUCAGUAACUUCACUUCUUUUAUGAAAAGCAAG